UAUGUUUACGUUAAAGUAAUAAUGGCAACAUUUCUCCGCGAAAGUGGUGUAAAACGAAAUCAAAGAAAAACAUUAUGAAAUGCGUCAUUAUUUCACAAUAAUUUUAAAAGGACAAAUAAACACAGUUAUUUUAAACACUAAUUUUACAAAAGUUUACCGAUGGAUAGUGAAUCCAAAUUAUGUUCAGGAUUUUUGGAAAACCUGACAAAUGAAAAUGAACAAAAUUGUUCAUUGAAUCCAGAAACAGCAAGCGUUGAAAAUGUUGGCGCGCAAUGCAACAAAGGGCUUCGCGUAAAAGUGAUUGCGGAAAUUAAUGAAAAUUCCGACUAUUCGAACAAGAUAAAAGAGGUCAAUAAAACUGAUGGUUCACGAAAACGGGAUGCUGCUUGUGCAGAUCAUACUACGUCCAAACGUUGUAAGUUGUCUGAAGAAGAAACAUCAAAGUCUAAUGGAGAACCUCAGGAAAAAGGUUCUGAAUUUCAAAAUGAAAGAGAAGCAGAGAACACUGCUGAUAGCAAUACGGUAGAAGUCCGAAAUCUGGAAGAGAACAACUGUGUAGUAAAAGUAAAAGUGGAGUGUUCUACCGAUAAUAGCGAUGAACUCAAUAUCAAUAACGUUCCCACUAGCUCUGGAAGUUCUAAUCAAGUCGAUAUAAAACCGGCAGUUAAGGUAGAAAAGGCCGAAGCUAGUUCCACUUUAAGGCAGUCUUGCCGCUUUGGCAUCCGUUGCUAUAGGCGAAAUCCAAUGCAUCGUUCAGAAGAAGCUCACCCAGGCGAUCACGACUACCGGAGACCUAUUUAUCCACCUCCUCCUAAAGGCACACCUGAGUGUCCUUUUGGUGAUCAAUGUUACCGUCGAAAUCCAAUACAUUUUGAGCAGUUCAACCAUCCUCCAGAAACUGAUUUCGAACAAAAUUACAAAAACUACCGCCUGCGUCAAAGACAACGUCAACAACAGAGAGAUGAUAAUAUAAAUAUUAACAAUUCUGAACUGGAUGAUGACUCUGAGGAUCCGUUCAAUGACGAGGAUGCAUUCGAUUCAGACUAUGUACCGAAUAGUGAUGACGAGGACGAUGAAGAUUAUGAUGCGUGUGAUAAAGCUGAAGAAUAAUAAUUCCCUAGUUGUAAGUUAUUUUUUUUUUUAUAUAAAUGCUUAAUUGGUGUUACAAAUUAAGCAUAAAAGUAUUAAAAAAUGUAAAACAAAAAUGUUUUGUAAAUACAUCAAUUGAUGAUUAACUUAUAAGUUUAUGCUAUUGAAUUUCAGCAAAUCCCCUAGGUCAGCUACUGCGACAUAUUAAAUUAAAUUUAUUUCUUAACUAUUUAAA